AUGGAGACUGCUUCUACAAACAUUGGUGAAAGACUGUGCAAUAAGUCCAUCCGGGACAUUUCCUGGCUACUAAAUAUUCCACGCUCAACUGUUAGUGGGAUUAUAACAAAGUGGAAGCAACUGCCACUCAGCCACCAAGUGGUAGGCCACGUCACAUGACAGGGCGGGGUCAGCGCAUGCUGAAGCGCACAGUGUGCAGAAGUUGCCAACUGUCUGCAGAGUCAAUAGCUAAAGACUUCCAAACUUGGUGUGGUCUUCAGAUGAGCCCAACAACAGUGUGUAGAGAGCUUCAUGGAAUGG